GAUAUUGACGUCUGUGAUAUUGACACUUGACACUGCUAACAAGCAAUCAGUAUCAGAAAAGCUGUGUUGUGAAAAAUAAAAAAAAUAUAACAGGCAAACAGCAACACGUAAAUUAUAAUACUGUUUUAGAAUAAAAAUAAAAAUAUUUGAUAUAGGAAUUGUAGAAUGAAUAUUUUGAAACAGUGAUGUCUAGAAUUAAAGGUAUUGAAGUUAAAGUUCAAAAAGAAGUGUUACAAACACGCAAAUAUGGCCUCAAUGAAAUCCUUAAGAAGAAAAACGACGAUCAAAAUAAUUCUAAAGAUGCCACAGAAAAGCAUCAGAUAAAAGAGUUGUUGCACAAGCUUCCAAGAUUGGAUAAAAUAUUUGAAGUUCAUCGCAAGAUUGGAGAGGGAACAUUUAGCUCAGUGUACCUGGGCUCGCUGCGGCAGCACGCUGCUCUGCCCGACAGUGAGAAGCGAUGGUUUGCUAUCAAGCACCUGGUGCCCACCGCACAUCCUGCUAGGAUAGAACACGAACUUCGCUGUCUACAAGAUAUUGGAGGCAAAGACCAUGUGAUAGGAGUGGAGUUGUGCCUUCGCAAUUUAGAUACUAUAGUUUUUAUCAUGCCUUACAUACCUCAUAAGAAAUUUUCAGAGUACGUGGGCGAGAUGGACGCGGCUGAGCUGCGACAGUACAUGCGCGCGCUGAUGAUCGCGCUGCGUCACGUGCACUCGUUCGGCGUCAUCCACCGCGACGUCAAGCCCAGCAACUUCCUGUACGACCGCGACAACCGCCGAUAUUUGCUGGUUGAUUUUGGUCUGGCACAACGCCUUUGUCCUGCGCCUGAGGAGACUCCUGCCCCGCCUCCCGCGCACUCCAAUGGCAUACGAAAACGGCCUCGUGAUGAGGAGGAGGCCUCAUCAGCUGCCAAGCGAGUAGCGCUCGACCUCAGCACGGGCGCGCCCGUGGCCUGCGCCGCGCCGGGCGCGCCGCGCUGCGCGUGCGCGGGCGCGGGCGGCGUGUGCGGCGCGUGCUCGGCGCGCCCGCCGCCGCGCGCGCCGCGGGCCGGCACGCAGGGCUUCCGGCCGCCCGAGGUGCUGCUGAAGUACCCGCACCAGACGACUGCGGUGGACGUGUGGGCGGCGGGCGUGGUGCUGGCGAGCGCGCUGACGGCGCGGUACCCGUUCUUCCGCGCCGGGGACGACGUGGCGGCGCUGGCGGAGCUGGCGGACCUGGUGGGCACGGAGCCGCUGCAGCGGGCGGCCGCGGCGCUGGGGCGGCGCGUGGUGACGUCGUCGGCGCGGCGUGGGCUGUGCCUGCGCAAGCUGGCGGCCUGGCUGCGCGGGCAGGGCGCGGCGCAGGCGCGGGGGGCGGGGGCCGAGCCCGGCGCGCCUCUCUGCACGCGAUGUCGGCUACCGCGGAAUCAGUGCCUGUGUCGUGAUGAAAUCAAAAAGGCGGAGGAGUUCAGCGCUGCGCAGUCGGUGGCGGGCUUCCCCGACGCCGCGUUCGCGCUGGCGGCGCGCCUGCUGGACCCCGACCCGCGCUCGCGCAUCUCCGCCGCCGCCGCGCUCGCGCACCCCUUCCUCGCCGACUGAUCAUACAAGAGCUGCCAAAUCAUUCUGAGAAUUAACUAUUGCUGGAAAAGUGACUCCACGUUCGUGCUAAACACCAGACGUAGGUACGUGGUGGAGUGGUAGGUUAGUGAGGUUUUUUAUUGUUGCUUAGUUGUAAUGGAGAUCUCAAAAGUAAACUUAAGUUUUAUAACAAGUACAAAAUAUAUUAAUACCGACAAGCUGCACAGUAAUCUGUGCACGAACUAUUUAUUUAAUGUUCAUACCAUGUGCCUUUACACUUGUGUUCAGAAGAAUGUUGUUAUGUUACCUCAUUGUAAACAACCUCUAUAUAAAAAUCUAAGUUAAGAAA